AUGGCUUCUACGCCCUUACUGGACGACGAGGUGGUAUCCUAUCCGGAUGAAGCCACGGAACGGUCAAAGCGCCGCUCACGGGUGAUAUCCAAAUUGUGGUACUCCAAAAUGUCGAAAUUCCUAGAAAAUAGAGCAAAUUAUGUACAUUUCACACUUGCAGUGAUUCUGUUCUUCAUAGGAUUCGCCGUUGUUAUUCUCAUAUCAAACUAUUAUGCUAACAAAGAAAGUGAACGUUAUAUCGAUGAAGCAUUGAUACAACGGAACUUCGAAAAUUAUCAUACUGUCGAAGGACGCGCGCGCGAGGACCCUGGAUUUAUAGUGGUAACCGCACUAGGACAUAAAUAUGACUCUAUGACACCAAUAGAAGCUGCCGAGUUAUAUAUACAGUUCAAUGAUUUCAACAGAAUCUACAAUCGCAAGGAUAAAACAAUUACCGACAAAGCUCGGAGGUUUCGUACAUACUACGAAAAUGCAUGUAUAGUACGAAAUUUUAAUGACACAAAAGAACGGACUUUUGAGAUGAAAUUAAAUCAAUUCGCUGAUGUGUCUCAAAGCCAGUUUAUGGCAUUACACGGUGUACGUAUGGAAAUACCACAAAAAAACUUAACGAAUGACAAACACAUAGCCACUGGAAUAAAAACACAAAUAGUAGGAAAUCAAAGACAAAAUAUUAACGAAGAAGACAUUGACCUUAGACGCACAGGAUACAUGACGCAAGUGAAGGAUCAGGGCACAUGCGGAUCGUGCUGGGCAUUUGCCACGAUAGGUGUAGUAGAACCUUACUUCAAAAACAAACAAAACACGGAAGUUAUUCUUAGUGAACAACAAUUAGUAGAUUGUGUGUCGGAAUGCCAUGGAUGUGAAUAUGGCAACUCGUAUUUCGCAUACGAGUACGUACGCGACAAAGGUGUAUACAGAAACGCUGUAUACCCAUAUAAUGCUAAAACUGGAACGUGCAAAGUAAUGGAUAAUGAACCGAAAUUCUCAUUAAAAUCGUUCGGGUUCUCGGAAACACCGGAUUUGGUCAAAUUACUUAAAGAAUACGGGCCUCUGACGGUAUACGUCGCUGUCUCCUUAAACUGGCAAUUCUAUCAUUCAGGAAUAUUAAACCACUGCGCAGAAGAAAUCAACCACGCCGUAGUAUUGGCAGGAGUUGGAAGAGACGAGACAGGGCCCUAUUGGAUUAUUAAGAACUCUUGGGGGACCACUUGGGGGGAAGAAGAAGAACAACAGAUUGACGAAGCAACCGGCGCUGCAACCAUCGCAACGCCCCCGAGAGUGGCACUCAAGAACCUCGAAACUCACCAAGAGGUACGAAGACAACUUACUCCGGCACACACUAAACGCUUCGAACGAUCAGAAUCCACGACAGCAAACAUGGCAAGUGAAGAGUCAAGACUCGCACAGUUCAAAACACUCAGGCGCAUUGGCGCCGGAAGGUUUGGAGAAGUUUUUCAAGUACAACACAAGGUAACCGGAGAACUUUAUUGCUGGAAGGUAGUCGCAUAUAAGGGACUCAGCGAAAAAGAAAAGGAACAACUAGUCAUGGAAGUAAACGUUAUGAGAGAUCUCAAACACCCAAACAUUGUAAGAUACGUUGAUAGGGUAGUAGACAGAGAAAAACAUCUACUAUACAUCAUCAUGGAAUAUUGCGACUCGGGCGAUCUGGGUGAAAAUAUGAGGCAAUUUCAUAAACACUACGUCAAAGUCAAUGAACAAGUCAUAUUUGAUAUAGCACUACAGCUACUUUUCGCACUAGCAUAUUGCCAUAACUCUUCACUGGGACCGAAACAGGGAAGGAUACUGCAUCGAGAUCUCAAACCACAAAAUAUAUUCCUACACUCAAAACAUAAAAAUAAACAGAGAAAUGGAUAUAUAUGCAAAAUAGGAGAUUUCGGAUUGUGCAGAAGUAUAGGAAUGGAGUCAUUCGCCCACUCAUGCGUUGGCACACCGUACUACUGGUGUCCAGAACUCCUAUUGUCACAAACUAAAAACUAUGAUGAUAAAAUGGAUAUGUGGGCACUCGGAGUUGUAUUAUAUGAGCUCUCUUAUGGCAAGACACCAUUUCAUAAGGCCACGACACUGGCGGAACUAGCACAACAAAUGAAAAACGGGGUACCACUACCACUACCUGGACGUAGUAGGCAACUCAACUCACUACUAUAUGCAUUACUACAACAAGAUCCCUCAAGGCGAGCGAGCGCCGUACAGUGUCUAGGGUUCACCAUGUGGGAUGGACCGGUAUUCGACUGGUUCUGGGCUACUGUCAACGUUCGUGAUCGUGAAAAAAUUUAUGAAAAUAUCAUGCGAAGAAACACACCGAGAUCAUCAAUAUCACCAAGUGUUGUGUCCGAACUAGUCAGUUGUGAACUACCUCAGCUACGCACACCCGUGCCAAAGCGCUCAGGGGGAAUGGAGGUACCAUUCGCAACAGACUACGUAGAGUCCUACGAUGAUGUUGCACAGACAGUUACCAUGAUAAACACACCACGCAAUACUAUGACUAUCAUGGCUGGCAGCUCAAUCGGAAACUCAGGGAUCGCAACAGUAUCGCCGAGAUCAACGGAAAUACCAUUCUAUCGCAGAACAUCAAAUCACGUGGCAACGGAUGCCGCGGAAAUCACGGACACGUGCUCGCCGUUGUACGGCCAAGACCACUCUUUGUACAGAUUUACAGAAAAUAGUAGCGAGUCUAGUAACUCGGGAAGAAGGGGGAGACUUGUUGAAGUCAAAACGGAUAAGGCGACGCAUACAAUAUCACGUCGAAAAAUCGACCGUGAAAAGAUGACGCACAAACAUCUACGCACUCCGACACAUUCACGUUAUAGGCAAAAAGGAAGUGCAAGAAUAGAAGAAGAAACUAUACAUACCCAUGCAUAUGGAGGUAGCUUAUCUGCAGAUUCGGAUGCAACAACGUGCGAACAACUCAAACUCCAAAAAGACCCCUCAGUAUAUGAUAAACUAACGCAUAUGUUGACGAAACCUGAUCUGCAGCAGGAUGUAUCGCUGAAUAACGUACCUCCCAGCGAUAACUCGGCUAAUGUCCAAGAAAAUGUAGAUAAAAAUGUAAAUCUAACGGAUAAACAACCUCCGAUGCUAUACCGUGAUCUACAUUGGAGGGCGCAGACAACCUUCUACUAUCCUGUAAGGCCAGGUGAUGUGUCACCAUUGAGCCCUGAUGCUGAAGCUCUAGAAAGAUGUGGAAGAAUCGGCUUCGAUUUCUGGCGAUGGAGACGAAAUAUGACACCACUCGGGUAUACACCUCCGCUGUGUACCUGCAAACGUACAGCAGAAACAACUGAUAUGCUAAAAAGGUAUGCACUAAAACAACCUGACCCUAUGGAACACCGAGUUUGCGAUAACGAUGUGUGCCGUGGAUUGUUGUACAUACCACAUAGCUUGCUUGAAGUACCACUAAAUAGGAUAGUCAGUAAUGGCAGCGAAUUCGUACGCCAUGUAGCAGUACCAAACAAUACAGACGUAUACUGCGGUAAUAUGAAACACACUUUGGUUAUAUGUACAACAUCAGCCAAACACGAAACAGAGUGCCUAGAAGCUAUCCGACAAAGCGACGUACCAGAUACACUCAUAUACCAAGUUAACUCAGAAGGAUUCAUUCCAUACUUCAAAAAAAGAAAAGAUCCCGCAUCUAUCGCACCGCUUAUGACUGUAGAACCAAUAGACUCAGAUGUGUCUGAUUCUGAAGAAAAUUUCGGCAUAGGUGAGACAUUCGCAGUCAAGUUCGGGAAAAAAGGAAUGGUAAUACACAAAUUCGAUAACUCCACACAAGAAAUAUCACAAAUAGACGAAACAAUGCUUAGGUCCUGGAUAGGAAACAACAGAUCAGCCAAAUUACCCAAACAAGAACCCGUCACAGCAAUUGAAGAUUAUACCGUUUGCGAACUAAUCGAUUGCUUCUCCAACGAAAGACGACCUCUAACAUUCACAUUAAGAGGAUAUAACACAACUGAAAAUAGACAGCAAUCAUCUAAAACUGACCUACAACCAAACACACCUGAUGCGGACGUUUUUCAACCCGAAACGAUAGACCAAGAUGACGACAAUGAGGUAUUAUCAAAAAUACACAAGAGACAUAAAACAGCUACUGAAGCUAUGGAACGCGCGCACAUGCUACAAAUCAUGGACACCCUAGAAAAGCUUAUAACGUAA